AUGCUGAUUGGCGGUUCAGUAGAAUACGAAAGAAUUUCCAACAAAUUGACAUCUCUCGAGCCAAUCAUUUGUCAAGAAGAAAAGUAUUUGGAAAAACAGGUUUUCAUUAGAGAAAUUACCCGCUUCAAGCAAUUUCCCAAAAUGUGAGAAACAUUGCUAUUUGUUACAGAUCGAACGAAUUGUAUCAAAAAGAGCUUCUCUUAUUCUUGUCGAAGGAGGUGUUUCUCGAGUCGCGGCCUUGUUGCUACAGAAUCGGAACGUCAAAAUAGCUCUGAAUGUUAAAUCAAGGUUUUCACUCUUUCACUGCAAAAUAUUAUAAAGGAACCUUGUAACAGUGCAUUGCAAAGAAUUUCUCGAGCUACUGGCGCCGAUAUCGUCUCUGCUUCCGAUGCUCAGAUCGUUGAACAGAACUUAGGUCAUUGUUCCAUGUUUGGACAGCGAACAGUAAAACUCAAAGAUGGAUCUUCGAAAUUGCUUCUGGUGAGUGUCGUCAUUUUUUUCAAACAUACUCAAUAUUUGAAUUUGAAAAACAAGGUUCAAAAAUGAUUUGAAGACCUUUAUUUGUUGGACAUCUACAACCUUGUAUGAGAUUUUUUCUUUAUAAGUUUAAAAUUCCAGGUUUUCUCCGAUUGUCCUGAAGACCUUGGCUGUACCCUUUUGAUACAGAGCAAAGACGAAAGAGAAUUACACACCGUGAAAAGAAUCUUGAAGUGUUUCAUCACAAUUUUCUAUUCCAACCGUCUCGAAUGCGCUUAUCUCACGGCAUUCAAUGUCCGUCCAAUCAUCAAAACUUCCGAUUGCAUGGUUUGCGAAACCAGGAAAGAAGCAGAAGUAGACGAGAAUAAAGUUAUUUCGGCAAAACGAAAUACAUGAAAAAACUUCUUUCUGCAGACUAAAUUCGAAAAAGCCGUUUCGUCUGCCUGCCUGUCUCCUUCUCCUUUUAUUGAGUUUGAAGCCCCUUUUCUGGAAACUGCUAAAGGAAAGUGAGUUGACUCUUUUUCUGAUUUGAAACCGCUUCCAUAAUUCAGAAAGUGCCCUUUGAUAAGUUAUUUCAAACAUCCACUCUAUCGUCUCAGAAGCUCUGCCGAUAUGACUGCUUCUGCAAAACCUGCGUCAGCGACAGAAGUGAGAUCCCCUGUUAACAUUUUGAAAAGUUUAAGCAUCUAGGACCAUGAGACUGCCCGAGUUCUCGAGCGGCAUGACUUUGGCAAGUGCCUCGAUGGAUCUGCUCUAUUCGGAAGAUAUUCAUCCUUCUGUUCCCUGGCGGGAGUCUCUUUCCGGAAAAAAUUGAAGAGAAAUUAUAAAAGGCAAACAACUGAGAAGAAGGAAAGCUCAAAAGUAAAAAAAGUUCCGAAAAAGUGUCUAUGGACGUUAUUGCAGCAACUACGCGCCAAAGACGUAUUGGAUCCCCGCUUGCAUCAAAGAAUCGCGGUUCUCUUUGGUUCAUUUUCAAGAAAAUCCCCAAAUGCCCCUUAUUUCUGUGUCCGACCGUGGGUCGUUAGCAUGCAAUAUUACGGCGACCACGACAUGACUCUGGGCGAAUUUCUGACCAAGUAUUCCCGAGCUUCCGAGUUUUUUCCACUUUCAAACUUAUAGGUACUGCUUCAACAAGUCAUACGAAUGCCCAUCGCAAAACUGUGAAGUUUCAAUGCUCGAGCACUCAAGGAAACUUGUGAGUUUGCUUCAAGAGUAGUUUUCAGACUUUUUGAUAAACACAAUUUUUACAGGUUUUAUCACGGGUGUGCAUUGAAAUCGCCACCCAGCUGAUGCCAGAAUCUGAAGUCUUGACCGAUUUGAACGCAAGUUGCAAAAAGAUCGUUGCAUGGCAGAACUGCUCAAAGUAGGUUACAAACAUACUCUUUAUUUGCAAAUGUAGAAAAAAAAAUUUUAUAUAAGUUACAGGUGCAACUUCUCGUCCAAAAUGACAAAAAUGGAUGAAACUGCUUAUCAUCUUUCCUUUGCCAGAUUUAUAGAUUACUUGAGCAAUUCCUGUUAUGCUACCGUAAGAAUUUUUCGACUUUCAUAUAUCACGAACUCAGUUUUCCAGAACGAUUUUCUGGGAAAUCCUAAAGACGAAUGCGAUCACUGUUUUUUCCAUGAGAAGACGCAGUUUUUCGGGUUAGAAAACAUUGUGACUUCUUUCAAAAGCGUGGCGGUAAGGUUUGGCACUAUUAUCAAUGCGAAAUGAAUAAUUCUAGAUCAAUCCAUAUGGUGUCGUUUUUUCACCGAUCAUUUGUCACGCCAAGCUUCUGAAUUCUAGCAAAAAAGAAUUGAUAGAAGACCUCAACAGGUCGGAAAAGAAAAAGGAAAAAAUAUAAAUUGAAAAUUUUAAGGCUUUCUAAGUUGGCUUUGGAAGUUUGUGAACAAACAAAUCGCCAACUGGCAAAUUUGGACGAAAGUUUUUCGUCCGCGAUUUCAAUUUUCAAGGGCUUGGUGAAGAGCACAAUGACCUAUGCAAUGUUUGACUCUGACGUUUUUUUCACCCGAAUUUCAUUGUUCAGGGAAACUCGCUCUUUUGCAAAGGACCUCAUCUCGCAAGAUGAAACUGUUAUAUCGACUAACGAUAAUACUUUCAUUCAGGCAUGCCUAUUUUCUUUUUCUCCAAAAAUUAUGUUGAAACGAUAGAAAGCUGCUCCAACUCGACAGUUUGAUAAUUUAUUUUUCAAAAAUUUUCCCGCGUCGAAUAAAAACUCAAAAAUACUGGAGACUGUUCAGGGCACUGAGAUGUUGAUGAAAGUUCGUGAACUAGCGCAUUCGUUGAUAAGUCAAUGGAAUGAAAAAAUUUCACAAGCAGAUCGAACUCCUCGCAAGAUAACGGAAGAAAUAAUCAAUUUCGAGGUUUUUUUUUUCAUAUUUUAUCAAUUGAGUCGAAGUUUUGCAGUGGCCACCGGGAAAAUUUGAAAAAAUGGAGAAUCCGUUUCCGGCUCAUUUGCACCUCUCCAUACCACUUCAACCUCGUGUUGGGGUCGUGGUUCGAGAUAUCCAGGUUCAAAAACGGCUGGCAGUAUUUUUUGGCAUAAAAAUCAAAAACCUUUUUAGGAUUCAAAAGGAAAUUAUAAGCCAGAUAUCGGAAGUAUUAUUGCCUACGCUUUGUCUUCAGCAGCUUAUGAAGUUUUCUGAAAAUCCGGCUCAAUUGUAAGAUAAAUUCAUUGAGGAACCUUCUAUUCUGGACAUGACGGACUCUUCUGUUGGACAUGAUAAGACUGAUCAGUCAGAUAUCCACGAAUCGGACAUUCUGAAGUCCACUCAUCAUUUGGAUGUUGAAUUUCAGGAUGACACUUCUUCCUAUUUUGUCAAGGUUCUUUCAAACUUUUAGAGCUCUGCUUAAACAUCAUUUAAGGUUUUCUAUGCAAAACAAUUCCGAGAGCUACGUGAACUCCUCUUCGCUGGUGGAGAAAAUUCGUUCAUUCGUUCUAUAUCUCAAACCACUUUUUGGACUCCUCAGGCAAUUUUCACUUUUUAUUAAGGAUCUCAAUGAAUUUUUAAUUAACAAAAGAGUAAUGGAAAGGCCUCGAUCAUCAAUUUCAUUUGAAUAUUCAAGGGAGGGAAGUCGGGAUCGUUUUUCUACCGAACAAAAGACGAGAGAUUUGUUGUCAAGCAAAUGUCUCGUUUCGAAAUACAGUCUUUUGUGAAGUUUGCCCCAAACUAUUUCGAUUAUCUGACGACCGCUGCUACCGAAAACAAAUUGACAACUCUUUGCAAGGUAAUUUUACAGCAACAGCUUUCUUGAAAAAUGAUACAUAAAAAACAAAUUUCAGGUUUAUGGAGUUUUUCGCAUUGGUUACAAAAGUAAAUCGACACAAUUGAAAGUUGACAUUUUGGUUAUGGAAUAUCUUUUUUAUGACCACAAUGUGAGCAAAGUUUGGGACCUCAAAGGCUCUCUUCGGAACAGGUAAAAUAUAAACGUAGAUUUUUUUUAAAACUUCUUUGUUUUCAGAUUAGCAACCACUGGAAAGACUUCUUCUGACUUGGUGCUUCUGGAUGAAAAUUUUGUCAAUGACCUUUGGAACCAGCAGCUCUACAUUUUGCCUCAUUCUAAAGCUGCCCUCAACCAAGCUAUCAGCAAUGACAGCCACUUUCUAAGUUCACAGGCAAGUGAAAAACAAAUAUUGCAGUCAAAAAUUGAAAAAAACAAUUUUCUGAUCUGGAAACAUUGAGAUACUUUCCACAAAAAAAUUUUUAUUUUUUUGAAUUUUUUUGUAAAAACAAAAAUUUCAUUUUUUUGCCGAAAGAAUGUUAAUUUGCAGUCUGUGAUGGACUACUCUCUUCUUGUCGGCGUUGACGACGAUAAUGGAGAACUUAUUCUAGGCAUUGUCGACUACAUGAGAACAUAUACUCUAGACAAAGUUUGAAAAAAGCUUCUUUCCUAUAUUCAAAUUUUUACAGAAACUGGAAUCCUGGGUAAAAAUUGUCGCUAUACCUGGUGCUCAUCUUCCUACAAUUCUUAGUCCGGAAAUGUAUUGCGCCAGGUUCUUAAUCAGCUUUUGUGAAUUUUGCAGUUGUUUUUUAUUAGAUUUUCGGAAGCGAUUGAUUCUUAUUUUCCUGUGGUGCCGGACCAGUGGACAGGUUUGGGUACGGUCGGAUCAUACUGAAAAAAAAUUUUUAUUCAUUUGUUGUAAAAGCUUUUGCCUUUUGUUACGGUGUUUUCAAUACAAGGUUUUUUUUUGAUAAGAAGGGGUAUUACUUCUAGGCCUUGUUGUGACAAUUUUUUGCUCAUUUCUUUUUAUAGACUAGGUUGUACAAUAUUUUAUUCAGAUGCCUUUCCUUUUUUUUUAUCGAACGACUGGAAUCCUCUAUUUCUCUAGUUUUUUUGAGCUUUUUAAAAAUAUCAUUUUAUACUGAUUUAUGUGAAUACUUGGUAAUAUAUUUAUUUCAUUUGUUUGAAGUUGUAUUUUAUAACUCCAGCGUUUUGACGUUGAAAAUAUUUUUUUCGAUUUUAUCAAGUCAUUUUUUCACUUUCAUUUACAGCAAUGGACAGGAGCAAAAAGAAAAAAAAGGUUUUCUUAUAAUGUCAGCUUCUUUAAACAAAUGGUUUCAGAAUAAUGAAGAGGAAGAUCUCAGCGAAGCUCUUUAUGAGUUCCAAGUGCAAUUUGGACAGUCGGCUCCAUCCUCGGUUCCAAAGACUUUCAUUCGAGCCGACAUAGUCGAAGGAAACAAAUCAAGUUCGCAUCAAAAUUGUUGUAAACAUACAAUUUAUUUUCGCAGUUGCCAAGCCCGAAGAUUCCGGCAACAAACUUUACACGCCCGCUUCAAAUCUCAAGCUUCCCGCCAGCAACGUCUCCGCCAAUGACUUCGAAGGAGCUAAAAAACUUGCAGCGGCCAAGGUUUUGUUUUGCGUAUCACUUAAAUGGAAAGGUUGAACCAUUAUAAACAUUCAAAAAAUGCGUAUUGACAAAAUUGUCCUUUUUAGGCAAGGAGAAUGUUAGAAGAAGCAGCGAAGGCCAAGAACAUGCCAGUUCCCAAAGUUGUGGCUCCAAAAACGGCUCCUCCAAUGCAAAGACCACCGAGACCCGGGGCGAACAGAUCUCAGCAAAAGGCAAAAAUGAGCAACCUCGAAAUGUUCAAACAGGAAUUGGAGAGGUUUCUUUCAAUGCGAUUUUUUGCAAAUGUUAAUUUUUAAAUUACUGCAGUGCGUUUCAAAUUAUAAGUAUUUAAGAGUACAAGAAGACCGAGAAAAAAGAAAUUCGUUUCGAAACAACUUGAGCAGUGUGGGACUGGAUAUUUCAGCAAUCAAUAAGUUCAUUUUUGUCAAAAAAUUUUCUAAAGAUUUUAUUUUUUUCAGGAUCGUUCCUCCACUAGAUAAACCGUACAACACAGGAGGAGAAUUUGCUGAAGAUCCAUACACAACGAAUGUGUACAUCUCUAAUCUGUCACACUCGGUGAUUGAAUUUUGGCAUUUAAAAAAGCAAAUGAAGACUGCAGGCAACAAAAAUGGAUCUAUUGCUCUCGUUCGGCUCUUUUGGGCCUUUAGCGUCCGUCAAAAUACUGUAUCCAAAAAACGAAGAAGAAAAUCGGCGACCAUUCAUUUGUGCUUUUGUCGCUUUUAUGUAAGUUUCAGAAAAGUGCAUUUGAAGCUUCAGUCACAGUUUCAUUCAUUUAUCAAAUAAAAAUAUGUGUGUUGGAGGAGUCGAGCAGACGUUGACCGAGUCCUCCAGCUAACCAAAGUACUAAUCAUUCGAGAUGUUGCUGUGAGAAUCGCCUUGGGCCGCCCGAUCGCAAUACCGGCAAAAGUAAGUUCCUUCCAAUUAUCGUUUGGUGAAAGUUAAAAAAUACCAGUUUAGUCUAUUAGUUUUUUCUUUCUUUCAGUGUUUUCGUUUACAGCCCUACUAUGUUCCAUCAGCGCUGAAAAAACUUCAAAUUCCUGACGCGCCAACAAACCUCCCGUUCAACGCUCGACCUCUUUUAAAUGACGUCCGCUUACAAAAUGAUUCUUCCUGCUGAUUUUCACUUCAGGCGGUGCGAUUUCUACAAGAUUUCGGCGGUUUUCCACCGAUCAACGAAUUUCCAGGACAAGAUCAUCCAGCUCACGAAGCAUACUACAAAGUAAAAAACAAUUAAAAAAGAAAGAAAAAAAUUUUUUUAGAUGCUACGAAACGCAACAGUACGUGUGGUGAUUCCAACAGACAGGUUUUUUUUCUUAAUGGUUAUAAUAGGAUAAGGAAUGAGAAAACUUCAAAUAUUUUUUCAAAGUUUAUUUGUUUCCUACAUGUGAAUGACUAAUUGAAGACGUUUACUUCGUCUGAUCAACCGCAUGGCCGUUUACGUGGUUACUGAGGGGCCGAUUUUUGAAGCAAUGAUCAUGAAGCAGGAGUUCAAAAACCCGAUCUUCAGGUAUUUUUUUUUGUUUGGACGUAACUGCCAAGUCUCACAGAUUUCUCUACAACAAUCAUCAUCCAGCGCACACAUAUUAUCGUUGGAAAAUCUUUUCUUUGAUGCAAGGCGACACGGAAACUUUGUGGAGAAAAGAGAAAUUCAGGUUUUUAAACUCAAGUGGGUGUUUAUAAUUUUCAUUUGAGAAUGUUUGACGAAGGAAGUUGGUGGUUGCCGCCGACGCCGACAAACGAUCUGUAUCAAGUAAUGCCAAAAAGUUUGUACUACACCAGUUGCAUACGUACAAAUCCUGAAAGAUGGUGCGGAGUAAAGAAAAUUGUCAGUUAUCAGAAUUUAAAAAAAAAAGUUAGUUUUUCUAUUAAGGAAGAAAAAAAAAUAGAGCCUGAGAUCACUGAGAGCCCUGAAAAAAAACGGAUGCUGAUAAAAGAUAAAAACUUGAUGUCACGCAAAAACAGAAGAAGGUUGGAGAGCAAGUUGCGCGAGUUGGUUCCGGAGCAGAAAAAGGUUAGGUUUUUUGAAUACCGUUCUCAAACCUAUUCCUUUCAGAUUGGUGAAGCAAUGGUUUGGUGCAUAGAACAUGCUCAAUUUUCGAAGGAAAUCUGUGAGUGUCUCUAUGAAUCUCUCACUCUCGACGAAACGCCGCUAAAUAAGAAAAUAGCCAGGUAGACGACGAAAAAAUUACCCGAAAGAGCCAAAUUUCGUUCAGAUUGUAUUUGAUAAACGAUAUUCUUGCCAACUGUGCUGUCCGCAACAUUCGCGAUGUUUUCUACUUUCGAGUUCAUUUUGAAACUCUACUGGAUAAAGUAUGCAGAUUACCUGAAUCUGGCAAACUGACAAAUCUUAGAUUUUUGCGGCGCUCGGAAAAACUUAUAGAAACAUCCCAUCCCGCCUGAAACAAGAGCAAUUUAAACAACGUGUAAUUCGCUGCUUUCAGUGAGUUACCCGUCUCAGUUUUCCUAUUAUUCUUAAUUCAGGUGCUGGGAAGACUCGGCAAUUUAUUCGGUGGAUAAGCUGAUCCGCAGUCAAAACAUUUUCCUCGGCCUUAUUCAGGCAAGAAAAAAGAAAAAAUUCAAAACAAAAACUUAUUGAAGACAGAGAAAACCUCGAGAAACGGGGCGACGUCACCAGAUGCUGAUAUUGAUGGUUAUCCGAUUGACGACGACUUGGACGGCGUGCCAAUUGAAGAUUUGCCGGCUGAGGUAGGGAAAUACCUUUUUUAAAAUCCUCUUUUCAAAAAAUCUUGAUUCGCGACGUGAACUUCCCUAUUUGCAUCCGCUUAUUUUUGUUUCAGAGUACCAGUGUCGCUUGGAACUUUGCGAAAAGCUUCAAACCCCUUGAAAAGGCGUGUUUUCCUCUUAUCAUUUCGAAAAUAUUUUUAAUUCAGGACAGAGAAGAAGAAACAAAAGAUUUCAAAGAAUUGCGAGAGGGAAACGCAUCAAAGAGAAAAGAAGAGGAUAUUGUGAAUGAGCCGCAGUCCUCUAUUUACAUCAGCUCGAAGUGGGACGCUGAAACGACUGAAAAUUCGACUGAAGUCAAAGCAGAAGUUAAGCCGGAACCUGAGGCGGGCAAUGUUUCCUUUGACGUCAAAUCACGGUAAACCAAAUUUUACAACACGUUUCAAAUUUUUUUUUGUAGGGCUCCAUCUUCAAAUUCGGUGGACGAUGGUUAUAGAAGAAAAAAAUAAUACGUGAUAUCGAGGUAUUUUUUUGUUUUUAGUUUUUACAUCUGCUGUCUAAGAAAAAUUAAAAAAAUUGAUUUAACUGAGGUCUUCAGGUUGAAGCGAUGACAUUAGCCGAUCAGCUGGAGGCUGACAACGACCCAAGAGCCAAAGAAAAAGGUAUUUACUAGUUUUUGAAACAAUUUUUUAAAAUAGAACUGCGUUCGAAAAAAACAGUUUGAUUUUUUUCAGGUGGAAGAGUUCAGGCUAAAAGAAAUGGCGAAGGUGGAGAUGAAAAUGAAAGAAGCAGCUAAACGUGAACUUGACACAACCCCGAAAAGCGAUGCAAAACAAAAGGAAUCAGAAAAAGAAAAAGAGAAAGAGAAAGAAAAGAGUGAUAAAAAACGAAAACGCGACCGAAGUAGAGGAAAACAUAAGUCACAUCAAAAGGAACGGCUGCGAGAAAAGAGCCAAGAAAAGCCUUUCAAAACACGAGAUCACGGUCGUUCCAAAGAUAAGGAGAAGGAGAAGACAAAGGAGAAAACAAAAGAGAGGGAGAAGGAAAAGGCGAAAGAGAAGGAAAGCAGUCGCGAUCGCGAAAAAAAACGCGACCGCGACCGUAGCCGCGAGCACAAUCGCAGUCAUCGACGCGAACACGAGCGCGACAGUCGUGACAGCGAGCGUCAUCAUGGGAAAAACCAAAAAAGACAUUUGGAGCACUCAGAGCGACGAAGUGGACACGACUCCGACCCAGAAGACGGUUUUGAGUAUUACUACGGAGCCAAGGAUGAGACCAAAAGACAAAGGAAAUAA